AGCAGGGAGAGGGGAGGGGGAGAGGGGAUGGAGCUGCAGUCUGUAGGGUCUGGUGAGGGGAAGGAGAACCAAGAGAAAGAGGUUCCACAGGAGAACGGUUCCGGAGUGAAGAACCGGCGAUCAGGAGGAGGAGGAGGGGAGGAGAGCAGGCGGAGCUCCCAGCGCAGGGAGGAGGCGGGGUCUAAGUUCCGUAGCCCCGGCGGUAGCUCAUCAUUGGCUGAGGAUGGAGAGAGGGAGGGACAGAUCACUAAGAAUUACCAGGAGACCGGGUCAGUGGGUGGAGACAUGUCCGCGCCGUCGCCACAGAGAUAUGGGGGCUGCAACGCCCCCGAAGGCUCCGAUGACGAGCCAGAGGUCUGCAGGAUCUGCCACUGUGAAGGAGACGAGGAGUGUGUGUGAUAACUCCGUGCCGCUGUACAGGCAGCAUGAGGUUUGUUCACCAGGACUGUCUCAACCAGUGGAUCAAGUCAUCAGACACACACUGCUGUGAGCUGUGCCAAUACAACUUCAUCAUGGAGACUCACCUUAAACCUCUACGUAAGUGGGAGAAGCUCCAGAUGUCGACCAAUGAGAGGAGGAAGAUCUUAUGCUCCCUGAUGUUCCACCUGGUGGCCAUUGGUUGUGUUCUCUGUUCCGUAUACGUCCUCGUCAACAGAACCCUCCACGAGAUCAACCUGGGACGCAACACCGUCUGUCACUACCUCUACAAGUCUCUCUGA